AUGACUUUAGAAUGCUUCGGCUGCAUCAAAAAGGAACCAGAACAAAACUCAAGAAAUAAAAAUCUCAUCAAGAAGGACCAAUCCGAUAUUCUAACAUCUCUCAGCAAAUAUAAAAUGAUGCACAUCGUGUGUCUGAUACUCGCAGUAACCUUCAAAAUAACUCAGUACUUUUUCAACAAUCAGCCGCUUCCUUGCAACCAUGCCGAUAUAAUAGAAUCACUGACGAGCGCCGAUCGUAAUAAUUCAAGGAAGUCGCUUUCCAUUCAUACAUCUGCGGAUGUUGAAGCUGCCAUUCAAUUAGAGCUUGAAUUUGCGUGUUACUACAAAGCAAACUGUUCCGACAUUCUUCCAGUGUGGAAUGACGCUACAAUUAACUUCAACACUCCACUGAACACGACUUUACCCGAGGAAGGGUGUGCCCCGAUAGAUACAGAUUGUGUGACAUGCUGUCCAGAAACUCUCUGCCCGCCAGACGCAUUUGGAUUGCCGGAAGACAUUUCCAUGCCUUCCUUUAUCCAGCUCUACGACUCGUAUCACCCACGUGCUCUUCAAGCGAAUAAUAUCUUCGUUUUCUGGGAUUUUCUCUGGAUAUUCUUUGGCAUGCUCGUCUGGUACAGAGUGCAGUCUCUCAAAGACAUGAAUCUGGUCAAUGUUCCCGUAGUUAUCGACGAAAAGGAUAUCGGCACGAUUUCACUGCAGUGUCUCCUUGCUACAGUCACGAUGGUUUUCUAUGCAACAGAUGCCGCUUGCUCCUGGCUCUGGCUGUAUUUGCAUGACAGGGAACGACUUCAGGUCGAGCAUGCUUCGUAUUUCACAGUGGAAGCAAGAAAUAAGUCCCUAGCUGCGUGGCACACUUGCUAUGUGCUUUUGAUUAUGAAUCCGGCAAUCUUCCUUUCUGUGCAAAUGAAGAAGAAGCUUUGCAAGUACGAAGAGUUGCAAUUUGCAAGAGAAUCGUAA